AUGAAAAAGAUUAUUAUUAUCAACGAUAAGGAGAAAGAAGAUAUUAAUAUAAUAAAUUCACAUGAUAUUGAAGAAACUGAACAACUAAUGAUAGAAUUAGCUACCAGGUUAUCAUUAGGUGAAACUGUAAAUCAUUAUUUGUUCUCAAACGGGGAAAACGAAAUUGAAAGUGAUGAUAAUGGACCUAAUAACGAUGACACCGAAUCUAUUUUAAGAAAUUCAUAUAUGAAUUUUACUUCUUUAUUUUCCAAUGAUGAUCAUUUUCCAAAUCCUGAUGACUCUGAUCUAACACCACCAGGAACAAUUAUGCAAUUACCAUCAGUAAACAAUAUUAUUAAUGAUGAUGUUUCUCCAUUUGGACAUUUAAAUUUUGGCGGAGAAUCCUCAAUUACUCUUGGGUUUUUGUAUAGAGGUUUGUCCUUGUCACCUAGAAAACAACGACAAAAGUUCAUUUUAUCUUGUCUAAAAGAUAGAACACGAACAUAUCAACGAUCACCAUCAAACAACUCUAUUGAGAUAUGGCAUCCUAUCUAUGAAUUUCUUGAUUUACUUCCAUCAUUUAUAAAUCCGCAAUUUUUCAUUGCCAAUAAUAAGAAUUGGGUGAAUAAACAUAUUGUACCUAAACUUUUACAAGAAGCAACUAACGUACAACGAAAAGCUAAGUUAGUCGGUGGUCCUGGUCAUAUCACAACAGUUAAAGGUGCUUUGAAUCAUGGCAAAUUAAAGGACUCGCCUGUAUUUUUUUGUGUUCUAUCACAUCAAGAACAAGCGAUACGAGAAACAAGAACAUCAAGAUACAAUAAACCGAUGGCAAAAAUAACAGCUCUUGAUCAUUUAUCAUUGUCACAACGUAUGAUGCGAAUUUUCAAAGGAAUGCCACCAGAAGGUUAUCCGUUGGCUAUAGUUAUUGUUGGAGGAUUAAGCGGCGGUGUAUUUGCACUUACACACAGUUAUUUGAAACAUCGAAAAUUGUCAAGAAAUUUAGAUUAA